CGUUUCACUUAGUUCUAAACCUAGACGUUUCAUUUCGGAGGCUUCAGCUUGUCCUUUAUUAGUUAAAAAGAAAAUUUUUCCUAGAGGGAUUUCGUGUCUAUUAGGAAACUGACCCACCCACAUUACCCACGAGGCACCGCGAACGGACUCCUACAGUUUUUCCCAGAGUUCCUUGCGUCUGUCGCAAUCGUUGAAGACGUCGGAGCCAAAAUGGCGACCGGGACAGGCAAGCACAAGCUGCUGAGUACUGGCCCGACAGAACCAUGGUCCAUCCGAGAGAAGUUGUGUUUAGCAUCUUCUGUUAUGAGGAGUGGGGAUCAGAACUGGGUAUCAGUUAGCAGAGCAAUCAAGCCCUUUGCUGAACCUGGCCGUCCUCCAGACUGGUUCUCUCAAAAACAUUGUGCUUCUCAGUAUUCUGAGCUCUUAGAGACUACUGAGACUCCAAAACGAAAACGGGGUGAAAAGGGAGAAGUGGUAGAAACUGUUGAAGAUGUUAUUGUUCGCAAACUGACUGCUGAGAGAGUUGAGGAACUGAAGAAAGUCAUAAAGGAGACACAGGAGAGAUACAGGCGUCUGAAAAGAGAUGCAGAACUAAUUCAAGCCGGGCACAUGGACAGCAGACUGGAUGAGCUCUGCAGUGACAUUGCAAUGAAAAAGAAAUUGGAGGAGGAAGAGGCUGAAGUAAAAAGGAAGGCCACAGAUGCUGCGUACCAGGCUCGGCAAGCAGUGAAAACACCUCCUCGAAGGUUGCCAACUGUGAUGGUCCGCUCCCCUAUAGACUCCGCCUCCCCAGGAGGUGAUUAUCCACUUGGAGACUUGACUCCAACCACUAUGGAAGAGGCUACCUCUGGAGUAACCCCUGGGACUUUGCCGAGUACCCCAGUCACCUCGUUUCCUGGGAUUCCUGACACCCUUCCUCCAGGCUCUGCACCCUUAGAAGCCCCCAUGACCCCAGUAACAGAUGAUUCACCCCAGAAAAAGAUGCUUGGACAGAAAGCAACUCCACCCCCCUCCCCUCUGCUGUCAGAGCUCUUGAAGAAGGGCAGCCUCCUGCCUACUAGCCCCAGACUGGUGAAUGAGAGUGAAAUGCCCGUGCCCUCUGGCCAUCUGAGCAGCACAGGGGUUCUCCUGGAGGUAGGCGGGGUUCUUCCCAUGAUCCAUGGUGGGGACAUACAGCCAGCAACCAGUGCGGUGGCAGCCUCCCCCGCUGCCUCAGGUGCUCCCACUCUUUCCCGGCUUUUAGAAGCUGGUCCCACACAGUUCACCACUCCUCUUCCUUCCUUCACUACUGUUGCCAGUGAGCCUCCAGUUAAGCUUGUGCCACCCCCUGUAGAGUCUGUGUCCCAGGCUACCAUUGUCAUGAUGCCUGCGCUGCCAGCACCGUCCUCUGCUCCGGCUGUCUCCACUCCUGAAAGUGUAGCUCCAGUGAGCCAGCCUGAGCCCUGUGUUCCCCUGGAAGCCGUGGGGGAUCCACAGACUGUGACUGUUUCCAUGGAUAGCAGUGAAAUCUCCAUGAUCAUUAAUUCCAUCAAAGAAGAGUGUUUCCGCUCAGGAGUAGCAGAGGCUCCUGGUGGAUCAAAGGCUCCAAGCAUAGAUGGGAAGGAAGAUUUAGAUCUGGCUGAAAAGAUGGAUAUUGCUGUGUCUUACACAGGUGAAGAGUUGGACUUUGAAACAGUUGGAGACAUCAUUGCCAUCAUUGAGGACAAGGUGGAUGACCACCCUGAAGUGCUGGAUGUGGCAGCUGUAGAAGCAGCAUUAUCGUUCUGUGAAGAAAAUGAUGAUCCUCAGUCCCUGCCUGGCCCUUGGGAGCACCCUAUCCAGCAGGAGCGGGACAAGCCAGUGCCUCUUCCAGCACCAGAGAUGACAGUCAAACAAGAGAGGCUGGACUUCGAGGAGUCAGAAACCAAAGGGAUCCAUGAACUGGUGGACAUCAGGGAUUCGGGUGUUGAGAUUAAGGUGGAACCUACAGAGCCAGAGCCAGGCAUGUCUGGGGCUGAGAUCGGAGCUGGAGUUGGUCCAGUCCCAGGUUUGGAGCCACCAGAACUCAGGAGUCAAGACUUAGAUGAGGAACCUAGAAGUUCUGCAGCUGGAGAGAUGGGUGAGGCAGACGGUUCCAGUGGGAAAGGCGAGGAAAGGCCACUUCCGGCUGUGAAGACCGAGGCGUCCCCUGAAAGCAUGUUGUCUCCAUCACAUGGCUCAAAUCCUAUUGAAGAUCCUUUACAGGCAGAGACUCAACACAAGUUUGAAAUGUCAGACUCAUUGAAAGAAGAAUCAGGGACUAUUUUUGGAAGCCAGAUAAAGGAUGCUCCAGGUGAGGAAGAGGAGGAGGAUGGAGUCAGUGAAGCAGCCAGCCUGGAGGAGCCUAAGGAGGAGGAUCAAGGCGAAGGCUAUUUGUCUGAGAUGGAUAACGAGCCCCCUGUGAGCGAAAGUGAUGAUGGCUUUAGUAUACAUAAUGCCACACUGCAGUCACACACUCUGGCCGACUCCAUCCCGAGCAGCCCCGCCUCCUCCCAGUUUUCCGUGUGCAGUGAAGAUCAAGAAGCAAUUCAGGCUCAGAAAAUAUGGAAGAAAGCCAUCAUGCUUGUAUGGAGAGCUGCAGCCAAUCAUAGGUAUGCCAAUGUGUUCCUGCAACCUGUCACAGAUGACAUAGCUCCUGGCUACCACAGCAUUGUACAGAGGCCUAUGGAUUUGUCAACUAUAAAGAAAAACAUUGAAAACGGACUGAUCCGCAGCACAGCCGAGUUUCAGCGUGAUAUCAUGCUGAUGUUCCAGAAUGCUGUUAUGUAUAAUAGCUCAGACCAUGAUGUCUACCACAUGGCAGUAGAGAUGCAGAGAGAUGUCUUGGAACAGAUCCAGCAAUUCUUGGCCACACAGUUGAUUAUGCAAACAUCUGAGUCUGGAAUCAGUGCUAAAAGUCUCCGGGGGAGAGACUCUACCCGAAAACAAGAUGCUUCAGAGAAGGAUGGGGGAACCAGGGGACGCCGCUGUGCCAUUGAAGCGGAUAUGAAGAUGAAGAAGUGAGCGCCCGCCCUCUCUGAGCUGAGCCUGAAGUAGAAAUAAGGUGUGGAUAGCCUGAGCCCCGGGCUCAGUUCCACACUUGAUCUUAGUCAAAAGGCUGAGGAGCAGUGAGUCCAGGCGGAGUUACGGAAGAGGAGGUCCCAGCCACAUGACCUGAGUUGAGAAAAUCUCUUUGCAGAGAGUUGGAGUAGCACAGUUGCCUGUUUUAGGGCAGAAAUCAUGGGCUGUGUUAAUGCCCUAAUGUGUAACUAGCAGAUUGUAGCUAAUUUGUACUGUCUUGUGAAGUGUACAGAUUUUUUUUAAAAUAAUAAUAAACCUGUGAAGUGUGUGUAUAUAACAAUCAGAAGGAAAACUCUGGCCUUUGGUGUGUCCUUUGUGUUUGAGAUGUGUUUUCUUUACCGUGAUAACUGAGUGUAUAUGGGAUAAGAUUGUUAGAGCUCAGAAGUAGUCCAUAAGCUGCCUGCUAUGACUGACCGGAGGUAAGUAACCAAGACCAAAGCCGUAAUUAGUGUUUUUAAAGGACUUAAUUGUGAAAAAAGGACUGUUUGACUGCUUUCCGGAGUCGUCUUGAAUGUUUGGGAAACAUUAAGGUUUUCGGGUCUGGCUCUGUUUCUUGGGAUUAGAGCAUGGACAAAGGUAGCGGUCUGUCAGUCCUGUUUUAGGACAGUGCUGUCUUUGCCCAUGCUCUCCGUGUUUCUAGAGGUAGAACGCCUGUCCAGCAUUAAUUUAGUUAUUUGGAGGUGGAGUCUCCCUUUUUUGACAAGGCUAGCCUAGAGCUCAAAAAUUUUCAAUUUGAACUUUCAAUUGCUUAGAUUACAGAUGUGUGCACCACACUGGCUGGGCCAAGAGUGCUUAAAAAACAAACAAACGCAAGGUUAAUCUCUGAAGGUUAUUAAGUUUGGGGUAUGUGUUUUGGUACAAUGGUGUAAUGGUACAGCUCUUGGCUAGUUUCCUUGUCAAUUACUGGGAGAAAGAAAUUACUUGAAAACAACAUGGAGACAUCAAUAGUCCCAGCACUUGGAAAACUGAGGCAAAAGGAUGACUGACAGUUUGAAGCUAGCCUAGGCUACAGAGGGAGCCAUUAUCUCAAAACACUGUAUUAGUGUGGCCUGCAUGGUGUCUCAGUGGGUUCAGACACCUGCUAACAUGCCUGACCGCCUGAGUCUGAUCUCUGAAAUCCACGUGGUGGGAGGAAAGAACUGAUUCCUGCAAGGUGGACUCUGACCUCCCACGCAUAGUGGCAUGUGCAUUCUCAUAUAUAUACAUGUAUGUGUGCACACACAAAUGUAAUUGAAUUUUUUAAAUGUGUUAAUAUGAUCUCAGUUAUUUUCUAAUUUCUGUUAUUAAAUAAAAAAUUGAUUCAGUGGUGAAA